AUGCUGGGGACGCCGCGGGAGUCCGAGGGCGACCUGCCCAGGCGCCGGCAGACGUCGCAGGACCUGGCGGUGGCCAGGCUGCUGCCGGACGGCGGCCCCGCCAGGGCCGUGGCCGCGACGGCCACGCUGCACUUCUCCUUCCUCAUGGAGGCGCGCCGCCGGCGCGCCCGCCUCGCGGAGGGUCUGCUUCAACGCGCGCGUCAUCUGCCACGACCGGCCGCACAGGGACCGCGCUGGCGACAAGAACGCGGACAGGGAGUACGCCUGGUGGGCGCGGUGGCGCAUCUCCGAUUUCGAGGAGCUGGACAGGGCGCUCCGCGCCGCGCACGCCCUGCCGGCCGCGGCGGUGCUGCCGAAGAAGGCCACGCUGCGGCAGUGGAUACAGUGGAUGCCGAACAAGCGAAUGCCCGACAAGGACUCGGGGCCCGGGAGAGGUCCAGCCAGCUCGCGACGUACCUCUCCACGGUGCUGGCCGGGGCAGAGGCGCAGGCAGCAGCGGAACCUUCGCGCUUCAACGACGUCGCGGAUGUGAGCAGCGCGAUCCCGAGCUUCUUCGGCCUGCAGGACAAAAGUGGAAGUCAGAGCGAUACGGGUGGAAUGACGUUUAGACGUGCGUGGUCGUAUCCAGACGGUGCAGAGGAGCGGGCGACGGCGCUGGUGUACCCCAUGUGCAGGGGUGCCUACAUUUGGAACCACAACUUCCACGCGGCGUCUUCAGACAGCAAGAUCUCGAAGAUCGACAAUGCGGAGACCCUCGGCGACAUCGCCGCCACGCGCGGCGAGCUCCGGGGCGCGGUGCUGCGCGGCGUCCAGCCGCCCGCGGCCAACGGCGUCUCGAGCCCGGCGUCGCCCUGGACCAGCUCGCAGCGGCAGUCGCUGCAGCGGGGCUACAGCCCGACGUCUCCUGGGUCAUCCCCAGAGGCCUCGCGGUUGCCCUCGCCCUUGCCCUCGCCUGCGGUUCCCCCUGCAGGCAGAGGAGCAGCUCGAGCGCGUGCGGCGGCACGACGGACUCGUUCUCCAGCGCCAGCACGGUCGACACCAACAGCGCUGUGUUGUGGGAGAUGGAGGUAA